AUGAAAGAGUUCAGUGCACGAUCAGCGUUCGGCACUAAUGAGAGGUCCAAAAAUAAAACCGCCGAAAAUCGACGAAGACUACCGAAGACUCCCAAGGUCAAGGCCAACAGAGCUGUUACAAGCAGUUGCAUCAAAAGAGAAGCUCUGUUUCGAUCGGACCACGAUAGCGAUCGGUGGAAUCGUUCGAUCUGCUAUACCGUUAACUCUGAAGAAUAUCCUAAAAGAUUAGUAAUAUGUCAGCCACAUAAAUUAACUUAUCAAAAGUUUCACUUGCAUAUCCAUCUCUCAUCGAGAAAGAAAGCAUUUCAACUUAUCCAGGAUGAUCCUAAAGUUUCUCCCACUGCUAUGAAUUUCGAUCUUCGCCAUAGGACUGUUGUAAUCGUUCAUGGAUUCAUGGGUCAUCCACGUAGACUCCUUAUGCAGAAUCUAGCAAACCAACUCCUUACUUGGCUAAGUUAUUGUUCUAAGAAUGAAGACAUUAAUGUGUUGCACAUCGACUGGUCAGAUGGAUGUUCGCAAAUUUUCCAAUACUACCAGGCUGCGGUGAAUGCAGAAUAUGCGGGAAUUCGGAUAAAAGAAUUCUUUAGGCAGUUGAAGACUAACUGGAUAGAGAAUGCUGAGCUUCUCAGAAUCGAAGAGAAUCUGCUGAUCGAUCGAGUCACCGGAUUGGAUCCAGCUGAGAUCUGUUUCGAAGAUGAUGGCAUACCAAUACGAUUAUCAAAGAAAAAUGCAAGAUUCGUCGAUGCAAUUCACACUGACGCUAUACAUACUAAAAAUGAUGGGUUUGGUAUCCGUGAUCCUAUAGGACAUGUCGAUUUUUAUGUUAACGGCGGCAGCACUCAACCUGGAUGCGAUCGAAGAGAAAUAUUUUUUGUGUACGGAGAUGUACUAGAUAUCAUUGCUCACAUGCUGAAAAAUGUUGGCUGCCAUCGUAUUAGAGCUGCGCAAGUCUUUACAUACUCUUUAGAACAAACUAAAUCCAAUCAAUGCAAAUACUGGGCUCAUCCAUGGAAUUUGAGCAGCAAUCAAGCUGAAACACACCGAGUACUGAGCAAACCGUGUAAUGCUUCAGUAUGUCCUGAAAUGGGAAUCAAUGCCGACUUAUAUGAUUAUCAAAAUACAGAAACAAAUACAUUUUAUGUAGCUACGACCAGCAGCGUACCUUUCUGCGCGAGAUUAAGUUAA